AUGAAAAAUCCAAACAGAAUCCCGAAUUUCCAGGACAAGGAGAAUUUUGCGCGGAUGCAGGAUGGAGAUCUUUUCACCUCUUUUUCGGCAGAGCUGGUAGCAGCCCGUCGCAGGUGCGGGAAUGCGUGCCGGCAAUUCAACAAGGUGGAUGAGAUGACCCGCAGGGAGAGAGCCCAAUUUUGGAACAACAUUGUCGACAGUACAGAGCCUCUACCACCACCGGCAGCAACAGAGGAAGAAGACGAGUCGCUUCUCGAAGAGUUUGCCUGGGUCGAGCCUCCUAUUCACGUUGAUUACGGAUUCAAUAUCGUUGCCGGCAAGAACAUCUUCAUCAACUUCAACUGCACUAUCCUCGACACCUGCACUGUGACUAUUGGUUCCCGGUCCAUGAUCGGUCCCAAUGUGUCACUUUUUGCCAGCACACAUCCCAUCGACCCAGAUCUACGCAACGGCACCAAAGGCCCAGAAAGCGGAGGGAAAAUCACCAUCGGCGAGGACUGUUGGAUAGGUGGAAACGUGACCAUCCUCCCAGGUGUGACAAUUGGUGACGGGUGUACUGUCGGUGCAAACAGCUUAGUGACCAAGGAUAUACCAGCCUAUCAUGUAGCGGUAGGUAGCCCAGCUCGACCGGUCCGCAAGCUGGAGCGAAAGUACAAGGCCGAACAGGAAGCCAUGCGGGCCGACCCAACUGUGACGGCGACCAACAACUCCAACUGA